AUGGACGAACAACUCCCCUCAAACAAUCAUCUAUCUGAUGAGAGUGACGACGAACUGGACAGGUCCAGUACUGCUGCGGCCAACGUCGAUCCUGCCGCUCGAAGAGAUCUGCUGCGUCUUGAGAGAGCCCUCCAAGACUACCGCACAGCUCGCACUGCCUUGAGGGCUGGCCGUUCCUCCGACUAUCCUCCUGUCCCAACUGCUAGCGCUCUGCGAGCCUACUGGCAUGAGGAACCCGUCGACUCUGACGGGACCACGAGACCCUGGCUGCCUCCUCUCACUUUCUCUUCUUCUACAGGCCCCCACCGAGAUCAUGCUCAACGACUUCAAUAUGCCCGCGUGUACGCUCAACGGGAACGCGAACGUGAGCGGGAACGACGUCAUCAUGAAAUGCCCCCAAACUUGACCACCCGCAGAGAACGCCAGAGAGACGAAGCCUUUGCCCGUGUCCGAAAUCUCAUUCGUUAUCUCUCUCAACUCAGACAUACUGGUGUUCAAGGAGGACUCGAACUGGCCCGGCAUCUCGGCUUGGAUUCUCUCUACGAGUCUGAAGAAGCCAAUCUCCCCAGUGAUCUCCCCAUGCAUGUCAACAGUCUUCCCAUCCCCCAGUACUCCUCAUGGCUGCAACCGGGAAUGGUCUGGCACGGGCUCCAAUCCACUGAUCGGGAGCCUCUCCGCUCUGUUUCAUUCACGGGAUCCAGCGCUCGUAGAGAGAGGCAACGAGACGUUCUCCGCAGAACUCUGAAUCGCAGACGAGAGUUUUUGGGUCUCACCUCUGAUUCUCUUCUGGAUGACCCUAGUCUGUUGGCCUCCGACAGCCUCGCAGAUCCUGACCGUUGGCUAUCGGAUCUCCGUCAGAGUACAGAUGGCCGCUGGGCUUUCUGGUCCGGCUCAAAUCCUUCUCGCCAUGUUUCCUCACAACUUCCAGAACCCCCUACCUCGGAUCACUGGCCCGUCAAGGUCACAAUUCAUUCAGUGGACUACAGGUCAAUGACUUUGACUGGCACCAUGUCCGCAAGUCAUAUCCCCGAUAAAUCCUCAUCUUUCCACGAGACAGUGCCUGAACAGCCAGGCAUUCAAACUAGCAUGUCCUCUUUUUUCACUGGUGAAAUCAUUGAUUUCCGUCAGCAGCCACUUGAAACUGAACUGGAAGGUCGCAAUUACAACGUGGGUGGUUUAGACGUUGAUGCACGCUAUUGGGCCCGCCUUGGCCCCUUCCGAGAAGAGAUCAAUAAGGUCAAGAAUUUACGUGGUAAAUGUCGCAGUGCUUAUAACCAGGAUAGUCGCUUGUGGGAUGCUUUUCGCAAAGCUGCUGCUGCCGACAACGAAAACAAAGACCUCGCUCCCGAUUUGCGCCACUCUACUACAACUUCCAAUCCAGUUCAAAGUCGUGAACCUGCUGAAACGGAACCAGAAUCAAACAAGGAGGCUGAGGAUGAUGAGAUCAUGUCACGCAGUCUCGGUAGCGCUAAAUGGAUCGAAGAGAAACUGGGUAGGGAGUGGAUCUUGAUGCGCUGGAAAGAGCGUUGUUUUGUCACUCCCAUUUCUUCGUCACCCAGCACUUCACCACGGGCAGAUAAUACAAGAACUAUCUUAACAACCACAUCAGGCCCAGGGGUCACUGUUGGUGGGACAAAUUCCAUUACCAGCACAUCGUGGGGUCUAACCAUAUCUGGAUUUUACUAUAUCGCACUGAAUCGUCUCACUGGUGAGAUUGAUGGUCUUUAUUAUGAUCCAGGUUCACAGCCUUAUCAAGCCCUAAAAAUGGUUCCAGAGGGUGCUUCUACGAAGGGUCUGGGCACUGCUACUGAUGCUCGGCCCAGUGAAGGAACCUUGAAUCGCAGCAUCCAAAAUGGAAUGAAUUGUGGUUGUGGGGACCCACAGUGUAGAGAUCGUCCUGGGAUCAAGAAAUGGUUUCCAUCGCUUGAGUUUCGCUGA